AUGUGGAUUAACCGGGACAUGAUGGAAGGGAUCGAAGACGGUGAGAUUAAUAUGAAAGGAUAUGAGGCUUACGGAAUAGCCACCGAAGACGGGGCAGUCCUAACUCUGGGUCGUUCAAAGUCCUCCCAACCAAAUAACGGGCCUUAUGACCCACCAUCUCCAGGUAAAUUCUGCAGUCCAAUGGAUAACAACUCUCACACCAAUUCGGUAGCCCAUAUGAUGCAUACUAACACCAAACACACAAAAUCCCAAUCCAAAAAAAGGAAACUCAUCCACCUUAUCCCCAACUCUAAUCUCAAUACAUCAGUCUUUCGUAAUCUCGACCUUGAGUUCCAGCCAAGUAACCAUCUCACUUUAGUUUCUGAUAAAUCCUUUGAUCUUAAUGUUGCACUCUCAGUUGGAAGCAACAAUGGCGAUCAUGUGGAUAUAUGUUCUUCCUCAAAUGAAAUUUCAAGCAUUAGUAAAAUUAGGAAUGAAGUCGGAUUCCAUAUUGGGGAGGAUAACACUGGAAUCUUGGAAGAUGUUUUGGAGGUGGAUGCAAAUGGCGAAGGUGGUAUUCAUGUUUCCAAAUGA